CUUCUGUGCUCUAAGAACAUUGACUAACAAUUAGUUACACACCAUAGACGCGAUCUGUUGCGAGGGCCCUGUUAAUAGAUUCGUGAUAGUGAAUAAAAAAAGGAAUAAUCGAUCAUAGUAGGAUGCCUCGAAAACGGCGCGCUUCGACAUCGUCGUUGGAGGAAUAUCCUUCUGAGGAAAAAUACAUGAAGGACGACAUGGACAGUCGCGCUCCGCGAAACGCUGCUAAUGCCCGUGAACGUGCGAGAAUGAGAAUAUUGAGCAAGGCAUUUUGUAGAUUAAAGACAACAUUGCCAUGGAUACCAGCCGAUAGUAAAUUAAGCAAACUAGAUACGUUGCGUUUAGCCGCAACAUACAUUGCUCAUCUAAGAGCAGUACUUCGAGAUGACGGUGAAACUCAUACUGAAACCACGAAAUCCUUAUCGCUGGCUUUGUCAUGGCCAUUCGCUAUUCAAAGCAACAACACAACCACGCUUAUGAACAACAGUUGCAACGUGUCCUCCUCGACGUCUUCGAGUUGUAAUCAGUAUCGAGGACAGCAAGUAACUCAUGAUAUCCAAAACUUCCAUCAUUCAGGUCAUCAGGGCGUGUCCACACGCCAUAAUCAGGAGCAACAGCUCUCUUAUUACUAACAAAAAAAAUCUGACAAUCCAAUCAGAACUUAACUACAGCGAGCGAUAUCUACGAAGAGCGACUACCAGCUGGAUUACACGACGGUGCUAUUCGUGUAUUCACGCCUUAUUUAUUCCAUAGUGCCUUACUCUAGUAUUUAUUGAUUUAAUCUUAAUGUAUAAUUACGGAUGCAUCUCCACUUGUGUGACA